UCAGAUCUGCAAUAACAAAGUACAUUUAACCCAUGAAUCUAUGGUCUAUGACAUAUAAGAACUUUAAAGUAGAGAUUUAAAAAAGCAUUUAUAGUCAUAUAUAUGUAUAGAACUUGUCUAUGUAUAAACUUUACUUGAAAGUGUAAAGUAGAUAACGAUUUAAAGUUACGUAAUAAUGAUUAAAUAAAUAAAUUGAAUGAGACAUACUAUAAGUAAUGUCUCUAAGAAAAUCUAUCAAAGGUAUUAACACAUACCGUUUUCAGUAAUAAGUUAUAUUUUUUUCUUAGUAUUAACUAAGUUUAUUUUACUUAAAAUGUGGAAUGAUAAAGAUAAAAGUAAAGAAGAAAAUUUACCCAGUGUAAUGGUUUCAAAUCAAUCAAGAUUAUAUAACCAUACAUUGAAUAAUCAUACAAUAUGCUUAGAAGAAUUAAGUAUAAGUUUAAAAAAAACAUUUUUUGUUUCUAAAAUGCCAAUCAAUGUAAAAAUUGAUGUGACUAAUAGAAACAUUGAUGAGUUAUUAAAUAUUGAUAAUAACGUGUUAAGUAAUAUUUUAAAAAUAUUUUCUAUUAUUUGUUCUGAAAUAACAGAUUUAAAAAAUAAUGUUAGACCAAACUUGUUCAACUCAAUACUUUACUAUGAAGACAAUGAUGAAAAUGAUCUCAAUGAUGGGUCUAAGUCAGUUAAAGUUAGUCAAUUAUUACACAUUCUACUGGGAUUAUCAAACUUUAUAAAACAUUGCGAAUAUUUAUUAAGUGAAAUCCAUUGUCAAUUUAUUAAUAUAUUUGAAUUUAAAUCAAUAACUGCUGGCAUACAUUUUCAGGGAAUUUUUGACUACAUUGGAGAUCUUCUUUACAUGUUUGUUGAACUAGAUAAACUUAUUACUUCUCAACCUGUUAUACAACAACAUUGGUUUCAUUAUCGCUGUUCUUUAAGUGUAAUAAAGAAAAAUCCAUCAAAAUAUGAAUGUAGCUUUGAAGAUAUAAUAAAUUUAGAAAAUAUAUGUGACUAUAUCGAAUCUACUUUGUUAUCUGGAAAAACAUUUCAAGCAAUUCUUGUUUAUGACUUUAAAGAAAAGAAAAAAAUUCAAAUAUGCGAUGAUUUUGUAAAUGAAUUUAAACUUUAUUUGAAUAAUGCUGUUUACUCAUUAGGGCAACGUUUAUAUGAUAAAGCUAUAGAUCCUUUACGUAUUUGGUCUCGAACAUGUACUACUACAGUUUUUUAUACAUAUAUGUUUGGUGUAUUUGACAAAAAAUUACUUAAACAGUUUACUGAUUAUUUAGAGAAAGUUAAUCAUAUUCCAUUAGAUGGUAAUUUGGUUUGGUAUCCAGAAAUGUUUGUUAUGCAUUAUAUAGGUGAUCUAUUAAAACCCAAUAAUACAAAAAAAAAACAAGAUAAUUUAGAAAAAUGUUCUUUGGAACUUAUGGAUGUUACAAAAUUUUUUCCAAAAACAGCAUUAAGUUAUAUUCAGCAGGCAAUGAUAUGGUUUACUAAAAGUGAACAAGUUAUGACAAAUGACUUUCAGUUACUUAAACCAGAAAACAUUGAAGAUAUUUGUGAUAUUCUAUAUGAGGGUGUUCAGUUGUGUUUCUUUAUAAAGAAUGUGAUAAUAACUUUUACAAACUUACACAGUACUUUAGGAAGACCACUUACUAAAUCCAAUGUUAUCUUAGUAUGCCAAUUGUUUGAAACAUUAAAUAACAUUGGAUACAUAUUUCAUAAAAAUCAUAUUAAAACAUCUAAGUUAAUAACAGAUAUUGUACAAUAUUUGGAACACAGGUGCCUUUCAAUCAUAGGAGAAGUAAAACUAACUUUUUGUGAUGAUAAAGUUUUUUCUACAAAAUAUGUUGACAGAAUGUCUUCUUUGGAAGUUUCUGAAAAGUUACUGUGUGAAGCAAAUAUGAAUCAUCGUUUAUUAAUGAUUAAGUUAGCACUAAAUACAGCUGUAGGAUUACAAGCUUUUCAAAAAGGUGAACUAUUGUCUUUGUCAAGCCAUUUAAAAAAAAUUGAACUAUUUUGUUACUUGCAAGAUAAAAUAAAUUUUAUAUCAGAAAUAAGUUGUAUGUAUUGGCACCGAGUUGUUUUUCCUUUAUAUUUUAAAAAUGUUUAUAAAGAACAUAGGAAUUUUAAUGGAUUAUCAACAGUUUUUAAUGUUUUAGAAGAUAUUUAUGAAGUCACUCAUUAUAGUGAUAAUAUUACAAAACAAAAAUCUUUUGAAUCAUUUGUUAAUGAAACUCAUAAAUACCUUAACGACCAGAUUUUAAAGCCCUUGAAUCCAAGUGUUGAAAAUGAAUUACGUCUUCAUGUUAUGACCCAAGUACAAUUUGUCAAAAUGGUACUAAAUGAACCAAUUGAUAAAAAUAUAUAUAUGGUAAAAUUACAACCUAUACAGUUUUUGAAUACCAUAAUCAACACCAAAAAUAGAGUAGAAAAUUAUCUUAGUGAGACAUUUUAUGAUUUAACUUCUGUUGCUUUACAUGAUUGGCAAAAUAAUGGUGUUAUGAGAACACUGGCAAAGUAUAAAAUGAAUUUAGAAACUAUCGAUGAUAAAUUACCCAGCAAAACAUUAGAACAAGGUUUAGAUGUACUUGAAGUUAUGAGAAAUUUAAACGCAUUUGUGUCAAAAUUUUCAUACAAUCUUAGUAAUCAAAUAUUUAUUGAAAAUGAUAGUGCUAGCAAGCAUUUGAAUACAAUUAACAUUAAACAUGUGAGCAAUUCUAUUCGAAUUCAUGGUACAGGAAUCAUGAGUACAACAGUUAAUAAAACAUAUCAACUACUUCGCAGUAAACUUAACUUAUUAUCUCAAUAUUUAUUUGAUGAACGUAUUAAAUCAAAACUAAAAAAAGAAAUAAUGUACCUUCACGAAUCACAAAAAAUAAAUAGCAGUAUUAAAUAUCCUUUUGACAGAGCUGAAAAAUUUAAUUCCCGUCUUCGAAAAUUAAUUUUAAUUUCUGAACAGAAUUGUAUGGAUCAAUUUAGAGUUUUAGUUACACAUAUUGGAAAUGCUUUAGGGUAUGUUAGAAUGAUAAAAACAGGCGGUCUUCAUUUUUCUUCUGUAGCAACCUCAUUUAUUCCAGAUUUAAAAAAGGUAAUUAAAUUUGAAGAACUGUGUAAAAUAGCAAAGUUUUCAGAAAGUUGUGUAAAAUCUGGACAUCAUCUUGAUAAUGUGAUUCAAAAUAUGUGUCAAAAUAUUGCAGAAGGCACAAAUUAUUUUAAAUUAUUAAUUGAUGUUUUUAUCCAAGUCAUGGGUUCUGAAAAUUAUAGUCAUUUACGAAACUUUUACAUUCUUAUACCUUCUUUAACUUUAAAUUUUAUUGAACAUUCAAUUAACUCAAAAGAAAAAAUGUAUAAAAAAAGUAAAGGUGCCAUGUUCACAGAUGAUGGAUUUGCAGUUGGUUUAGCAUAUCUCUUGCGUAUUUUUAAUUUGAAUAAUGAAUUCAGUUCAUUAAAGUGGUUUCAAUCAGUAACUGAAAACUAUGAAAAAAAAAUGAACGUUUUAAAAAGUCAAGAAAUGCAAGCCCUAAAGGAUGAUUCAAAGUUACAACAACCCUUAAGUUUAUCUUAUUCAAGACUUCAAAUAUAUUACAAUGAGUUCUUGUUACUAUCCUACAAUAUAAAUAGUGCCAGAAUAUUUUUUCAAUCUCGAAAUAAUAACUAGUUUUAUAUUUCAUUUUAAUAUUAUUGAAGCUGUUGUUAAUUUAUUAAUUAAAUUUUUUAUCUUUGUAUGUUUAUAAAAUAAUUUAUUGUUAUCAUCAAAUUAUUACAAAAAUUAUAAUGAUGUACUAAAAUA